AUGAGUGCGGAUGCUCGGGCCCUACUAAGCAAUCUACUUCAGGGAGAUACAACCAAACGGUAUGGCAAUAUGCGAAAUGGCGUAGCAGAUAUUCAAAGCCAUAUUUGGUUCGCCACAAUCGAUUGGGUGGACAUCCUUGACAAAAAAUGCAAACCCCCUCAUAUUCCCACAGUUAAAGAUGAAGCAGACACAACUAAUUUUGACGAUUACCCUGAAGAAGAUUUAGGCGAACCUGCAGCAAUUUCUCCUGAAAUGCUCUUUGAGGAAGAAUUCGCCGAUUUUUAA